AGAGAGAGAGAGAGAUGGCAGCUGCAGUUGGUAGAGGAUCACAGACCAUGAGCUCCUUUUGUUUCAAGCCAAUGCUGAGAAAAGCCUACCACAGAAAAAGCAAUUCCACGGACAUGAUCAGUGACACUGUCAAAGUGAACGGAGAGGAAGUGAAGACCAAAACCGCAGCUGGAGAUCACGGUGGCAGUUGGUGGAUUCCUGAUGACCGCACCGGAAUUUACUGUCCGAAGGGCCAAGAGAAAGUUCUGGCAGAUGUUCCUCUCGGUGCGGGGAAGGAUUCCGGGGUCCACUAUUUUUUCAACAAUUUAAAUCAUGGUUAACCAAUUUAAUUGGUGUGCGUGGCAAAAAUUCACGACUAAAAUGUUCAUCAACCAUUUUAUAAUGAUGUUAUGUUGUCAAUGUUUUUUUUAAUAAAAAA